AUGCCAGCGGAAACCUCGGGUCGCACUGGUAUUAUGUACAGCUACUACAUGCCUAAAGUCCGCUGGGCCAAGGGUAAUGAUAACGGCCACCGGCACUACUGGGCUAGCGCUGUCGUCUGGAUUAACCGCUGGGGCUGCGUCGACGACGAUGUCACCGCCGUCUGGCCUGUGGGUAUUUCCUUCACGACCGACCAUCUCACCUGGGGCACGGCGAAUGCGGGCGACUUCUCCUUCAAGUCGACGACUGUAGGCGUAGACAUGCCGACACACCCUAAAAUUCAGAUCCACGACACCGCGAUAGCGCCUUUUACAGGCGCCGACGGCGACAAGGUCUUCGAGCGUACGCUCGUCGGGUGGGACUCGCUCCCGGACGCGGCGGCAAAGGCACUGCAGGAUGUCAAGUACGAGAAGACGCAGGUUCCCUUCACCGACGCCAACUUUCAGGCGCAGAUGGACGCAGCGUAUAGGGAGAGCUUCUAUGGCGCUCUGAAGGACCAGCAAGGCUGUGACGCUGGUCGUGGGGGAUCGCCGACACCGACGACACAGGACCCGGACGAUACGACACCAACAGAUCCUAAAGCGACAGAUCCGACCGAGUCAGACCCUGCGGAAAAGAAACGUUAA